UUUCCGGUAGAUGAGGUCAACUUUUCCCUAGAUCCGCCAUUUCAGUCCCGAAGGCGGUUGUCGCUCGUAAGUUUAGAUCAGUUCUGCGUUACAGCAAGCAGUUAGCAGCGGUUCUGGUUGCUUUCGCGGCUUUUUAAAACGAAACAGAACUUCGCUGUUCAAAAUCUCCAAGUCGUGAUUUUUUGUUGCGUUUGUUUCCCCGCCGCGGUGUUGGGAAACCGAAGUUUUUGUAUGAGUUGUGAGAGAAGGCGGGCCUGGCCUGAAGCCUCGGACCGGACUCCGCUGCAAUGGCCGGUCAUUUUGAUACUGAGGAUCGUGCUAGUUGGUACUGGGGCCGCCUGAGCCGCCAAGAAGCGGUCUCCCUUCUACAGGGACAGAGACACGGAGUCUUCCUGGUUCGGGACUCGAUCACCAUUCCUGGAGACUAUGUCCUCUCCGUUUCCGAGAACUCCAAAGUUUCUCACUACAUUAUCAACAACCUGAGUAACAACAGGCAGUCUGGCUCAGGUUUGGCGGCUUCUCGGUUUCAGAUCGGGGACCAGGAGUUUGAGGCGCUUCCAGCUUUGUUAGAGUUCUAUAAGAUCCACUAUCUGGACACCACUACGCUCAUAGAGCCUGUUAGUAAGUCCAAGAGCGGUGCGUCCAAUGCCUCCCCCUCUCCUGGCGUCCCCCAACAGCCAAAAGAGACGGAGUUUGUCCGCGCGCUCUUUGACUUCCCCGGGAACGAUGAGGAAGACCUGCCCUUUCGAGCGGGAGACGUCCUGCGCGUGCUGGAGAAGCCAGAGGAUCAGUGGUGGAGCGCCGCCAACCAGGAGGGCCGAGUUGGGAUGAUCCCGGUUCCCUAUGUGGAAAAGUACCGGCCCGCCUCGCCAACCUCAGCCUCGGGUCCGCCUGUUGUCGGAGGGGAUUCAGCCGGUCCAGACGGGAUGGGGAGCAUGCAGGACAGCCCACUGGGGGACCCCGGUCCGUAUGCUCAACCAGUGGUGAACUCCCAGCUCCCCAAUCUGCAGCAGGGACCCGUUUACGCAAGGGCCAUUCAGAAAAGGGUGCCCAACGCCUACGACAAGACGGCGCUGGCACUGGAGGUGGGGGACAUGGUGAAAGUGACCAAGAUCAAUAUGAACGGCCAGUGGGAGGGCGAAUGCAAGGGGAAACAAGGCCACUUCCCCUUCACCCACGUCAGCCUGCUGGAGCAGCAACACCCCGACGACGAGAGCUGAGGAGAACCGAGCCGGCCGGCCGGCGCCUCCAGUCCCCCUCAACCGUUCCGUCGCGCUCGGAAAGGAGGAGGCUCACCGCAUCCGAGCCGACCUGGACCAGGAUCUGCUGGGUCUGCCAGCAGGAGACGUGUUGGAUGGAUCUGCUGCGGCCAUUUUGAUGGACAGUUUAAACCGAGGUCAGACUGGUUUUGGCGGGUCGGUAUUAGCCUUUAUUCUAAGCCAGUUAAACCUGCUGGUGUGUCGGAAGCAAGGUAAAAACCUGUUUCAGAUUAAAUGGAUUUGAAUUGAUGGUGGGUUUUAUACGUUGAUUUGAUAUUUAUUGCCAUGAUGCAGAUAAUUCCUGGGCUUCCAGGAUGCCUGAUUUUAAACGUCUGGUUGAUCAAAACAUUGUCCUGUAGCUUAAGAACACUUCAUGUCUUCUUUUUCAUGGUCAGUCUUUGUAAAAUCUUAUCAUUACCAUCAAUGGUAUUUUUAUAUUAGAUUUUUUAUACUCUGAUUUGUUUUUUUUUUGUUUUUUUUACUUUGAUCAAACAUCUGGAAAGGAGCAUCCAGCAUUUCGAUUUUAUUUGUGUUUCUUUUAAAGAAAAAGUCC